CAGUGGUGCGUAACAGAAGACCACAGAUGAUGCGACCCACUGGCUCCCGCAGCUCCUACCUGGUGCUCAGCGGCCAAAACCUGGACCUGGAGUGCAUUGUUCAGGGCCUCCCCUCUCCCAAUAUCCAGUGGAUCAGGAAAGAUGGAGUCCUGUCUGAGUCCCGCACAUCCAAAGAUAGUUAUGAUCGAGUUCUGCGCUUUAAGAAUAUCUCAGAGUCUGACAGCGGCGAGUACCAGUGUACCGCCACAAAUCUGCAAGGCAUAAUCACUCACACCUACAGCGUCACUGUAGAAGGUACUGUAUGCUUCACACUGCCAGAUCACAUCCUCUCCAGAUUUAGAUUUAGAUGUGGGGUGUGA